GCGAGCCGCGGCGGCAGCAAGCAGCCCGGGAGCUCCGGCAGCGGCCGAGCCAGCGGCGGCCCCGCUCCCUGCCCCCUGCAAACUUUGCGAGCAGCCCGCCCGGGGGGCCGGGGGCGCGCCCGGGAGGCCCGGCUCGGCCCGGGGCCUCGCUCUCCGCCGCCGCAGCGUCAGCCGCCACUGCCGCCACCGCCGCAGCCCCGCGCCUCCCCGGGGAGCAGUCGGCGGCUCCCGCGGCCCCCCAGUCCCGGCCCCUCGGCACUGCCCGGCCAAUCCACCGGCAGGGGCGGGGGCAGCAGCGGCGCGGCCGGCCGCGGGCUGCCGGGAGGCGGCCGCCGCUGCCCAGGGAGGCGCGCAGAGGCUCCGAGAGCGCUCCCCGGCGGGUCCCCAGCGCACUCGCCGCGCCCGGGCAGCGGCCCGACCCGGCGAGCAUGGGCGGCGCGGAGUGACGCCGCCGUGCCCGCUUGGCAUCAAGGACAUUCAGCCUGCGGGGGUGGGGACGAAGGGGGACAGCCCCGUGUCGCCACCGCAGCCCCCCAGAGCCACUACUGCUGCUCAGGCUCCGGGGUUGGGUGGAGGAAAGGGGUGCUUGAAUUCGAUUCACAUUUUCCGACCUUUUUGUUGGACAUUCCGCCCACCUUGGACGCUGAAAGAGGAGCUGUCAAGCCUUGCAGACUCUGAUUUCGCCCUCCGUUUUCCUCGUCUCCUCCCGGGUUCCCCGCGCCUCGGUGGAGUAUUUGCGUUCCGGCUGGGGCUGGAGGAGCAGCCACACGCGCGCACACGCACACGUUCAGAGGAGGGCGAGAGGCAGCGGCACCGGCUCCAUCUGCAGUGUCAAUGCGGCGCUCCUGCUGAAGGAGGCAAAGCGACGCUUCCAGGGACCCUCCACUCCUGAGUCCUGGCCCGCCCAGGAGGACGCUUCGCCAGUGCUACUGUGUCACGAGGACCCGUGUCUGAAAUGAGAGCCAUGCCCUGGAGCUGGACUUGCCUGCUGUCCCAUCUCCUGAUGGUGGGGAUGGGCUCCUCCACUCUGCUGCCCCGGCAGCCACCCCCGCCAUCCCAGAAGCGGUCUUUUGUGACAUUUCGCGGGGAGCCAGCGGAGGGCUUCAACCACCUGGUGGUGGACAGGAGGACAGGGCACAUUUACUUGGGGGCCGUCAACCGGAUCUAUAAGCUCUCCAGCGACCUGAAGGUCUUGGUGACCCACCAGACAGGGCCGGACGAGGACAACCCCAAUUGUUACCCGCCCCGCAUCGUCCAGACGUGCAAUGAGCCGCUGACCACCACCAACAAUGUGAACAAGAUGCUCCUGAUCGACUACAAGGAGAACAGGCUGAUUGCGUGCGGGAGCCUGUAUCAAGGCAUCUGUAAGCUCCUGCGGCUGGAGGACCUCUUCAAGCUGGGGGAGCCGUUCCACAAGAAGGAGCAUUACCUGUCGGGCGUCAACGAGAGCGGCUCUGUCUUUGGCGUGAUCGUCUCCUACAGCAACCUGGACGACAAGCUCUUCAUCGCCACGGCAGUGGACGGGAAGCCAGAGUAUUUCCCCACCAUCUCCAGCCGGAAGUUGACUAAGAACUCAGAAGCGGACGGCAUGUUCGCGUAUGUCUUCCACGAUGAGUUUGUGGCCUCGAUGAUUAAGAUCCCUUCGGACACCUUCACCGUCAUCCCGGACUUCGACAUCUACUACGUCUAUGGCUUCAGCAGUGGCAACUUUGUCUACUUUUUGACCCUUCAGCCUGAGAUGGUGUCUCCCCCGGGCUCCACCACAAAGGAGCAGGUUUAUACAUCCAAGCUCGUGAGGCUCUGCAAGGAGGACACCGCCUUCAACUCCUACGUGGAGGUGCCCAUCGGCUGUGAGCGCAGCGGCGUGGAGUACCGCUUGCUUCAGGCUGCCUACCUGUCCAAAGCCGGCGCCGUGCUCGCCCAGACCCUCGGAGUCCGUCCAGAGGACGACCUCCUCUUCACUGUCUUCUCCAAGGGCCAGAAGAGGAAGAUGAAAUCCCUGGAUGAGUCGGCCCUUUGCAUCUUCAUCUUGAAGCAGAUCAAUGACCGCAUUAAGGAGAGGCUUCAGUCCUGCUACCGGGGCGAGGGCACGCUGGACCUGGCCUGGCUCAAGGUGAAGGACAUCCCCUGCAGCAGCGCGCUCUUAACUAUUGAUGAUAACUUCUGUGGCCUGGAUAUGAAUGCACCCCUGGGCGUGUCCGAGAUGGUCCGUGGCACCCCUGUCUUCACAGAGGACAGGGACCGUAUGACUUCUGUCAUCGCAUAUGUCUACAAGAACCACUCCCUGGCCUUCGUGGGCACCAAAAGUGGCAAGCUGAAAAAGAUCCGGGUGGAUGGACCCAGGGGCAACGCCCUCCAGUAUGAGACGGUGCAGGUGGUGGAGCCGGGCCCUGUGCUCCGGGAUAUGGCCUUCUCCAAGGACCACGAGCAGCUCUACAUCAUGUCAGAAAGGCAGCUCACCAGAGUGCCCGUGGAGUCGUGUGGUCAGUAUCGGAGCUGCAGUGAGUGCCUUGGCUCGGGUGACCCCCACUGCGGCUGGUGUGUGCUCCACAACACGUGCACCCGGAAGGAGCGCUGUGAGCGGUCCCGAGAACCCCACAGGUUUGCCUCUGAGAUGAAGCAGUGUGUCCGGCUGACCGUGCAUCCCAGCAACAUCUCUGUGUCUCAGUACAAUGUCCUGCUGGUCCUGGAGACGUACAAUGUCCCGGAGCUGUCAGCUGGUGUCAACUGCACGUUUGAGGACCUGUCAGAGAUGGAUGGGCUGGUGGUAGGCAAUCAGAUACAGUGCUACUCCCCGGCGGCCAAGGAGGUGCCCCGGAUAAUCACGGAGAAUGGGGACCACCAUGUCGUCCAGUUGCAGCUCAAGUCAAAGGAGACAGGCAUGACCUUUGCCAGCACCAGCUUUGUCUUCUACAACUGCAGCGUCCACAAUUCGUGCCUGUCUUGCGUGGAGAGCCCAUUCCGCUGCCACUGGUGUAAAUACCGACACGUCUGCACCCACGACCCCAAGACUUGCUCCUUCCAGGAAGGCCGAGUGAAGCUGCCUGAGGACUGCCCCCAGCUGCUGCGAGUGGACAAGAUCCUGGUGCCCGUGGAGGUGAUCAAGCCCAUCACGCUGAAGGCCAAGAACCUGCCGCAGCCGCAGUCCGGGCAGCGCGGGUACGAGUGUGUCCUCAACAUCCAGGGCAGCGAGCAGAGGGUGCCCGCCCUGCGCUUCAACAGCUCCAGCGUGCAGUGCCAGAACACCUCUUAUUCCUACGAAGGGAUGGAGAUCAACAACCUGCCCGUGGAGCUGAUGGUCGUGUGGAACGGGCACUUCAACAUCGACAACCCUGCUCAGAACAGAGUUCACCUUUAUAAGUGCGGAGCCAUGCGCGAGAGCUGCGGCCUGUGCCUCAAGGCGGACCCUGACUUCGAGUGCGGCUGGUGCCAGGUCCAGGGCCAGUGCACCCUGCGGCAGCACUGCCCCAUCCACGAGAGCCAGUGGCUGGAGCUGGCGGGCCCCAACAGCAAGUGCACGAACCCCCGAAUCACGGAGAUAAUCCCAGUGACGGGCCCCCGGGAGGGGGGCACCAAGGUCACCAUCCGAGGAGAGAACCUGGGCCUGGAAUUCCGGGACAUCGCCUCCUACGUCAAGGUGGCCGGCGUGGAGUGCAGCCCCUUGGUGGAUGGCUACAUCCCUGCCGAACAGAUCGUGUGUGAGAUGGGGGAGGCCAAGCCCAGCCAGCACGCUGGCUUCGUGGAAAUCUGUGUGGCCGUGUGUCGGCCCGAGUUCAUGGCCCGGUCCUCUCAGCUCUACUACUUCAUGACGCUGACUCUCUCAGACCUGAAGCCCAGCCAGGGGCCCAGGUCCGGAGGCACCCAGGUGACCAUCACGGGCACCAACCUGAACGCGGGCAGCAAUGUGGUGGUGCUGUUCGGGAAGCAGCCGUGCCUCUUCCACAGGCGCUCUUCAUCCUACAUCGUCUGCAACACCACAUCCUCAGAGGAGGUCCUGGCGAUGGAAGUGACGGUGCAGGUGGACAGGGCCAAGAUCCACCAGGACCUGGUCUUCCAGUACAUGGAGGACCCCACCAUCGUGCGGAUUGAGCCAGAGUGGAGCAUCGUCAGUGGGAACACACCCAUCACCGUGUGGGGGACUCACCUGAACCUCAUCCAGAACCCCCAGAUCCGUGCCAAGCACGGAGGGAAGGAGCACAUCAAUCUCUGUGAGGUUCUGAACGCCACCGAGAUGACCUGCCAGGCUCCGGCCCUCGCUCUGGGGCCCGACCACCAGUCGGACCUGACCGAGCGGCCCGAGGAGUUCGGCUUCAUCCUGGACAACGUCCAGUCCCUGCUCAUCCUCAACAAGACCAAUUUCACCUACUAUCCCAAUCCCGUGUUCGAGGCCUUUGGUCCCUCGGGAAUCCUGGAGCUCAAGCCUGGCACCCCCAUCAUCCUGAAGGGCAAGAACCUGAUCCCCCCAGUAGCUGGGGGCAACGUGAAGCUGAACUACACCGUGCUGGUCGGGGAGAAGCCGUGUGCCGUGACGGUGUCCGACGUGCAGCUGCUCUGCGAGUCGCCCAACCUCAUCGGCAGGCACAAAGUGAUGGCCCGCGUCGGCGGCAUGGAGUACUCUCCGGGGAUGGUGUACAUCGCCCCGGACAGCCCGCUCAGCUUGCCCGCCAUCGUCAGCAUCGCCGUGGCGGGUGGCCUCCUCAUCAUCUUCAUCGUGGCCGUGCUCAUCGCCUACAAACGCAAGUCCCGCGAAAGCGACCUCACACUGAAGCGGCUGCAGAUGCAAAUGGACAAUCUGGAGUCCCGCGUGGCCCUGGAGUGCAAAGAAGCCUUUGCUGAGCUGCAGACAGACAUCCAUGAGUUGACCAGCGACCUGGAUGGAGCCGGGAUUCCCUUCCUGGACUAUAGAACCUACACCAUGCGGGUGCUGUUCCCGGGAAUUGAAGACCAUCCUGUCCUCCGGGACCUCGAGGUACCGGGCUACCGGCAGGAGCGCGUGGAGAAAGGCCUGAAGCUCUUUGCCCAGCUCAUCAACAACAAGGUGUUCCUGCUGUCCUUCAUCCGCACGCUCGAGUCUCAGCGCAGCUUCUCCAUGCGUGACCGGGGCAACGUGGCCUCGCUCAUCAUGACGGUGCUGCAGAGCAAGCUGGAGUACGCCACCGACGUGCUGAAGCAGCUGCUGGCCGACCUCAUCGACAAGAACCUGGAGAGCAAGAACCACCCCAAGCUGCUGCUUCGGAGGACUGAGUCAGUGGCCGAGAAGAUGUUGACCAAUUGGUUCACCUUCCUGCUCUACAAGUUCCUCAAGGAGUGUGCCGGGGAGCCCCUCUUCUCGCUCUUCUGCGCCAUCAAGCAGCAGAUGGAGAAGGGGCCCAUUGAUGCCAUCACGGGUGAGGCCCGCUACUCCCUGAGUGAGGACAAGCUCAUCCGCCAGCAGAUCGACUACAAAACCCUGGUCCUGAGCUGUGUCAACCCAGACAACGCCAACAGCCCUGAGGUCCCAGUGAAGAUCCUCAACUGUGACACCAUCACUCAGGUCAAGGAGAAGAUUCUGGAUGCCAUCUUUAAGAACGUGCCCUGCUCCCACCGGCCCAAGGCUGCAGAUAUGGACCUGGAGUGGCGACAAGGAAGCGGGGUGCGGAUGAUCCUGCAGGACGAAGACAUCACCACCAAAAUCGAGAACGACUGGAAGAGACUAAACACGCUGGCCCAUUACCAGGUGCCCGAUGGUUCUGUGGUGGCUCUAGUGUCCAAGCAGGUGACAGCCUACAAUGCAGUGAACAACUCCACUGUCUCCAGGACCUCGGCGAGCAAAUACGAGAACAUGAUCCGGUACACGGGCAGUCCCGACAGCCUCCGCUCACGCACGCCCAUGAUCACCCCUGACCUGGAGAGUGGAGUCAAGAUGUGGCACCUGGUGAAGAACCACGAGCACGGGGACCAGAAGGAGGGGGACCGGGGGAGCAAGAUGGUGUCCGAGAUCUAUCUCACCCGACUACUGGCCACUAAGGGCACGCUGCAGAAGUUCGUGGAUGACCUCUUUGAGACCAUCUUCAGCACCGCGCACCGCGGCUCCGCCCUGCCCUUGGCCAUCAAGUACAUGUUCGACUUCCUGGAUGAGCAGGCGGAUAAGCAUGGCAUCCACGACCCGCACGUCCGCCACACCUGGAAAAGCAACUGUCUGCCACUGCGCUUUUGGGUCAACAUGAUCAAGAACCCCCAGUUUGUAUUUGACAUCCAUAAGAACAGCAUCACGGACGCCUGCCUCUCCGUGGUGGCCCAGACCUUCAUGGACUCCUGCUCCACGUCGGAGCACCGGCUGGGCAAGGACUCCCCCUCCAACAAGCUGCUCUACGCCAAGGACAUCCCCAGCUACAAGAACUGGGUGGAGAGGUAUUAUUCAGACAUCGGGAAGAUGCCGGCCAUCAGCGACCAGGACAUGAAUGCAUACCUGGCCGAGCAGUCCCGGAUGCACAUGAAUGAGUUCAACACCAUGAGCGCGCUCUCGGAGAUCUUCUCCUACGUGAGCAAGUACAGCGAGGAGAUCCUCGGACCUCUGGACCACGAUGACCAAUGUGGGAAGCAGAAACUGGCCUACAAACUAGAACAAGUCAUAACCCUCAUGAGCUUAGACAGCUGAGAACCGUCCUUUUAGGCCCCCCCUGGAGGGAGGGACACACCAAGCCGUGCCUCAGUCUAGAUUAUCAUCUUUACCAAGUGCAAGUUCCGACUGGCGUCAGCAGCAUCCCCUGUGCAACACUGUCUCUCUCUCUCUUUCUCUCUAUGCCUCUUUCUGUCUCUCCCUCCUUCCUGGAUCCCUUCUCUUUCAGUUGCUUGGCUAAUACACUUGAAUCAAGCCGCCAACCCUCAGCUAGUCCAGGAUGGCCAGUCCUGAAGAGAGGGACUGGACCAGAAGAUUCCAGAGGGGGCUCUCUUUCCCGGCUGACCCCACACAUCAGCAACAGGGCCCACAGAUGGAUGAGGAGCCAUGGAUAGAGGACGUUUCUAUGCUGCUACUUCACCUUCCACUUCCUGAGAGCCCCACAUCGGUCCGAACCUUGGCCUAGAGAAGAGACAGUGAGCUCAGUAUUAUCUUCGCUGGGAAGACAUCAAGUGGCUCUACUUUCCCACAUUUCCAUCCCCAAGGGGUCAGUCAGUGGUAUGAUCCCUUUGCAACUGUGAGAAAAAAGGCCACACCUCCUGCAUAUGACCAGAGUUGGGGGCAGGGGCUGAGGAGUUGGGGGGUGCUCUGUGAGCUGUCCCUCACUUGUUGGGUUGGCAUCCAGAGGCCUCCUUGUCCCUUCUAGUCUUCUUGGAGUUCUUCCAAAUGCCCAUAGGGACCUGCCUGCCAAGCCUCCUUCCUCCCCUGCCUGUGGAAAGCCAGACAAGAGAAAGAAUAGCAGUUACAUUCCACCAUGGGGAUACUCCUAACCUUCUACUCUGGCUUAUAGUGGCAGAAAUGUAAUAUGGAGGGCAAGAAGAGGAGAGUUCAUCUACCCUGGAAGCAGAAUUUGUUUUCCAUUCACCUCCAAGUGCAAGUGAAUCCCAACCAUAGUCACCGGUGUACCAUUGCCAGGUCCUCAUCUAGAGAAGGCACCUCCAUCCCCCUUGGUCAUCACUCAUUGAGGGUCAACAUAGAAUGCAGAGUGCAUCCAGGAGAUUCUACCUCCAGCCAUCUCCAUGGCUCCAUCUCCACCACGCUUCCUGACAACUCUCUAGAAGGCUGGGGCAGACAGCCUAGCCUCUGUCACCCUGCAGAAUCCGCUGCCAUUGCUUUAUGGGUAAUUUUGUCUCUGGACUGUCCAGACCUCCUGGGGUAUUAUUUCAUCAGCAUCUCAAUUGUCUCUUCAGUCACUUGCCUCCCUCAUCUCUUAGCAGCCAUCACUGAAGGAAAUGCACCCACACACAGCCUCAUGGAGACCAAUCAAAAUGCCAGCCAAGCUCAGCCCCUGGCUUGCCAGGUCUGGGAGGACCAAAAAGUCAAGCUGAAGGUCAUGGCCAGAAAUGGGAGGAGGAACAUACAACUGACCUCAGCCCUGACAUCUGUCUCUCCAUCUGUCCCUCCAUCUAUGGAUACAUCAUUUUAGCCAGCCAGGUAGAUAUGCAUCCUAGGUGAGCAUGGACUACGGUGAGAGAUGCUCUGAUGAGAGUCAUGGAAACCUGGAGUCGUGAAGGGACCUUGGAGGCCACCUGGUCCAGUCUCCCACCACCAGUGAGAAUCUCUCCUGGCAGCCCUGGUGUCCAGUGGUGCGAGUCUUCCCUUCACAUCCGCAGCGUCAGACAUCAUUCCUUGUCAUCCACCCAAAGGAGCCCCACGUGGAAAGGGGAAGGAACCACAUCAUUUCCAACAGCGUCUAUGGAGCAUCUUGUGCUUUUAAGAAGGCUCACCCCUUUGGAUAUGAAUAUGUGUGCAUGUGUGUGAGCUCACGCGUGUGCACGUGUAUGUGUGUGUACGUGUGUGCACCCCAGCAGGCAGAGAGCUCAGGAUUUCUUGUCCUGUGUAGGGGGAUCUUGAAAUGUUUCUUUCCUUCUCUACCCUUGCUCAUCAGUUCAUCCUGCAGCUCCAGGACAUUUCAACACUUGCUUUCUAUGCUGCGUGCUGGUGAGUGCAACGAGAGGUCACCUGUCCAUAGGAAAUCAGGGUGGUCACAGGCUGACAGAGGCCUGGACGUGACUGGGGCCAGCCAGUGGUGACCCAGAGCAGGGCAUCACGUGGCAUCAGGGAGGACACAUGGUGGACAAAACACAAGAAACCUAACAGACGGGAAGAGGAGAAUGGGGAAAGAUGCAUGUCAAGGGGGGGAAUAACCAAAGGUUUUGGCAAAUGAAGUGCCCGGUGAAGAAGCAUGGGAUUAUGGAAUUUCUACCCUAAUCAUUUGAUUUUUCUCCCAAGAAGCCAGGCGCCCUGGCAGGCCAGGAGGGAAGCAUGUGGGAGGCGGGCUGAGGAGGCAGCUCGGCCGCUAAAAUAUUUUUGCACAUGUCAAGGAUGGGGGAGGAGAGAGACACAAACAUAUUUAACACAGAUUUGCUGAAUGGCAAUUGUGAGUGUGUGCGUGUGUGUGUGCAUAUGAGUGUGUUUUUACUUGUUUUUUAAGUUUUGCACAGAUAGAGAAAAAAAUGAACAAGCAGACAACAAGGACUGUUACCAUGGUUCUGCUGAAGCCUCUAUUUUUUACUGGGUUAUUAUUAUUGGUAUUGUUCCUUUGUCGGUACAGACUUUUCUUCCCACGUUUUUGUUUUAAGAGAAACUUUGAACACCUCAGAGAAACGUAAAUGUCAGGAAGAAGGGGAGAGAAGAAGGGACGGACUUGCUCGCUCUCCUCGUUUCUCCGAGGCAGGUUUUACUUGACUUGGUGGAAGGGUUGUUGCCGGUGCUUUGUCUGCCCGCAGUCCUGGUAGCUGCGUGGGGCCUUAGGGAUGGAGAGACAGGGCAGAGUCACACAGAGCCACAACCCAUCUGGCCUGGCCCGGCCUGGCGAAAUUCUUUCCUUUGGCUGUUUGUCUGUUUUUCAUUUCUUUCCUUCGGAUUCUUGGUGCACGUGUGCUAGGCUUCAAAGCAAAGGUGAAGCUGUCCUUUCCCCAAAUCUUCCCCAAACUGCCCUUGGGAUUCUCAUCUCUCGGGAGGCCGGAGAGCUGCCGAGGUGGCGUGGGGGCCGCACGCACCCACACAGGCCUAGGGAAGGGAGGUCCCCUCACGCCUUUCCUCUCUGGCACAGUUCACUAGCGGGGUCACGGUUCUGUUUAAGGUGGGACCUUUAUAUGAUUCCUUGAGUCCUGGGCAAAGAGCAGGGGAGAAAAGACCACCCUCCCCUCCCCUUACACCCCUCCCCCACCUCCCUCCCCUGGAAACCUCCAAGGUCAAAAUGUUACCAGGAGAGGACACAGUCAAAAUAACUGGCCUAGUUUAGGUGAGGGUUUUAAACUGAGGCCAGAUGAGCUGAGGGCUGGUAGGGUUCUGAACAUAAGAGAAAGGGGUACAUAGAAGCUGCAGAUGGAUCAUUUCUAGGGGGUGGGGGGCACAAGUCCACUCCUUGUGAAGAGAGACCCUGCAUUUGCUGGUAACUAGAAAUGGUGCCAUUGAGUGAAGUUGGCUAUGGUGUCAGUGACUUCCUCAGGAAAAUGUUUUUUCUUGCCUUCUUCUUUAAAAAAAAAAAAAAAAAAUUCUUUAUUGAUUUCAAAGAGGAAGGGAGAGGGAGAGAGAGUUAGAAGCAUCAAUGAUGAGAAUCAUUGAUUGGCUGCCUCCUGCAUGCCCCCCACUGGGGAUCAAGCCCACAACCUAGGCAUGUGCCCUUUGCUGGAAUCGAACCUGGGACCCUUCAGUAUGCAGGCCGACGCUCUAUCCGCUGAGCCAAGCCAGCUAGGGCUUGCCUCCUGCUUUCAAUGUGGUUUUACAUUUGGAGACCACACGAGUGUCCCACAGGCAAAGGUGCAUCCAUGCCCCCAGAAUGACAUGCACGCCCGUAGGCACGCCCCCUGAGCAUGCGGGCCGGUGAGUGAGGCCUGAGAUGUGUGAGAGAGAGAGAGAGAGAGAGAGAGAGAGAGAGAGAGAGAGAGAGAUUUUAAAUCAAUCCCAAAGUUUGAGGCAGACUGUCUGGGACUGUGCCCAGCGGUGAGGUCUCUGACCUUGUCCCCUCAGGCCCAGCUCUCACCUCCCAGCCGGGGGUUAAUGUCCAUGUUCUGUCCCAGAACCCGCCCCCCCGCCCCAGUCACGUUCCCAAGCCAAGGUCCUCGUGCUCAUGUCCCCCUGCAUGUCUGGCUUCUGAGUGAGCCUCCCUUUGUCCCUCCUGUCCCUCCUGCCCCUCCUGCACGUGUAGCCUCUGCCCCAAGGCCAGUGUCCACUAAAGUACCAGAGCCACUGAGCCCCUCAUGGGCGACUCCGUCCUCACAGCCCAGCCCUCUGACUGCCUCAGGCCCAUCUUCCUCCCCAUGCUGCCUCCCAAGUGGUGUGAGGGUCAGCACCCUCAUCCAGCCAGACCCCCUCAGAGCCCCAGCAACCAAGGCCCGAAUGACCUCCACUCUGGGUCCGGGGCAGGUCCUGCUGAUGCUACUUUGACCUAAAAGGAAAGCCCUUUUCCCAUCUGUCUCCUUUCUAGGGACUUUGGGGGCGGGGGGGCGCACAUUCUGGGCUUCACAGGAUGCAAAGUCAAGUACUUAAGCUCAGCUGGAAGGUUAGUCAAUCAUUAUUCAUCAAGAACAAACAUUCCCACCUCCCGGAGAGCCCAGGAUGGAGGAGGGGAGGCACAGGGAGGGCUCUGCAGGCCGAGGUCCAUGGCAUUUUCUCCUGGCCCUUCCAGUCAUGGCCGCCGUGGGAGUCCCAGCUCGCUCUGAGAAGCAUUUCUGUGAAUAAAUAGCCUCCAGGUACCAGAGUCCCCACUGUGUCCCCAGAGAAGACCCCUCCCCAGCCCCACCCCCCACACACCCAGGCAGAUCCGGGCUCCCUCCUGGCCAGAGUCCACCUCCAGGACCUCCUCCCUCCUCUCAGCCCUCAGGACAGGUGACAGAGGACCCUGAGCCCCAGCUCCUCCAUUUCCUUUAAACUGGAUGUGACCUGCUUAUUGGAGGCUUUGAAGCUGUUUAUUUUUUCUCUAUAUAUUUUAAGUGUCGGACAUUAAGGAGGGAGCACAGGUAUGGAUAUAAAGUCCAAAUUACUAGCGGGGAGGGAGAAGUGAAACUGUACCUGCCAGUUCGAAGAGGGUGAGGAGAGCUAAAAAUAAAAUUAUUUUUUAGGUGCCCCGUGUGGUUACAGAACUGUGCCAGGACAUCUCCGGGCUGUGGCCAUGCCAGGGCCAGGGUGCCCGCGCUGCUCAGAUGCUCGGUGCUUCCCUGCCCCUCUGAUGGCUGGGCCCGCAAUGCCACCCCUUCCCCCUGCCUCCCGCCGCAUCACCGCCACGGGUGCAGCAAAGGAGAGCCACGGGGGAAGGUGAAGAGGUGGCCCCACUGGGAACCUCUCCUCCAGGUGCCCGCAGGUGGGCAAAGCCUCCCCCAAGAAGCUAGGUGCCUGGCCCUCUGCGGAAAGGAAUGUCUGCAGGAAAAGGCUCAGACCUUCACGGGAGACCUUUUUCUUUUUUUUACUAAAAGUCUUUGCUUCCCAAUAAAAUUAUUUUUUAGUAGGGAGAAUAUCCAACUUCAUAAAAUAUAUAGGACUUUGGGGUUGUAAAAGUAAAUUAGAGUCCAGUUAAAUUCCUCGAGUAGACUAGUGACUACUCCAAAGCAAACCUAAACAAAACGAAACCCUGAUGGAUAAAAAGAGCUUUCGAUCUGUACCGGCAGAGAGGGAGCUGGGCCUGGGCCUGGGUCAGGUGUCCUGGGCCCGUGACCCCACAUUCCCACCCCUCCACCCCUGCACUCUGUCCGGCUUUGGCUCCGCUGCCCCUGACGCUGAAUCCUGCCCUUUUCUCCGCUCCCCCCAACUUCAGGGAGACCCUGCGAGGGGUUGGUCAUGGAGGGCCCGGCCCCUCCUCCGGAAGGCACAUGCUCUUGGAGAGUACGCAGGUCUCCGCAGCUCAUCUUCCACGGGGCUCUUUCCCUGGCAUUAGAACUCCUUUUGUUAGUAUCUUCGAUCUUCCGACUCAAGCACAUUUUGUAGAAUUCGGAACAGAGGGUAUAUUAAGAUCAAUGCAAAGGGCACUAAGAAACCGAGACCGCUUUACAAAGCAGGACUGGUCAUCCCAAUUCAGACCCGUGACCAAGACGGUACAUGUCUCCUGUGUUUUCCUUCCCUUCCCCAAUGUUCCCGUCAGCUUGUUGGCUCGUCAAACCUUCCGUUCUUUAAAAAGAAAAGCUAGUUUACCUCAAAGAAUCUUGUUUCCAUUUGGAAACCAAUGACUUUGCGUUUUAGAGUGGACAACCCUCCCCUCCAAAACUCCCUGUCUGGGCACGGUGGCCUGGAGGCCGGAGGUCCUGGCUGAGUCAUGGGUCGGCGGCACUGACCGAUAACAAGAACCCAGGCCCUGAGAUGGGGAGAAAGGAUUGGAUGCAGCUGCCCUCCUCCCACCUUGCUUAUAGGGACCAGCCUCUCUCUUCCAGCAGGGUCCUGCCAGGUUGCCAUAGUGACCAGGAACUCCAGGGUACUACAACAGACAAUGGCUCCGUGAGCCAGGCAGGGGGAGAGGAGUCUGCCUGGUCAGAUGACCCAGAGUUAAGUCUCCAGCACUAGAGGGAAGAGGAGGAUCAGGAAAGGAUGAAUGGGUGGUUUAAGGAACAGGCAGGAGCCUUUGAGUCUCCGAGAGAUGCCGCUGAAGGAGGUAGGGCAGGUCGCUCCUGCCCCAAGCACCCCGUUCCAGCCCCACCCCACUUCUGGUUCCAUAAAGCUCCCACCUUGAACACUGAGCCUGAGAACAAAGCAAAACAUAUCUCUAGACAACAGUGUUAUAAUGAGCCUCAAAGAUAGGUGGGUGGAAUCUAUUAGAGGAUGAGGGUCUUCUGGUUUUGAUUUUUAAAGAAGAGUAUCCUAGUAAGAUUUAAAAAAAAAAAAAAAGAUUUUAAAAAAAGUUUUUAAAAAGGAAACCUAUGCUAUUUCAAUUGGAGCCCAGUUGUAACUUGGUAAAGGCAAGCUCCUGUACCUUUGUUAUAAUUAAUUGUAUACCUGUGUAUGUAAAUAUAAGGCAUUCCUAUUUUGCAGUUCAGAACAAAAAAAAAACUUAUUUGUAAUAUAGAAUAAAGUUUAUUAAAAAAUAAUAAAAAUGCAGUUUGGAAUUUG